UCCAGAGGAGUUCAAUAAAACUCUUUACACUAGAGGAGACAGGCAGGCACGCUCGCUCACUGAAUGUGUCUUUAAGGUUCUUGAUUGAUGAGUCAGCUUUUUGGUAGAGCUGGGCCUGACAGGAACUGAAAAGGAUGUUUUGUGAAUUCUUGCUGUGUUUGCAUCCUGAGCGACUUCAUCAAUACUGCAUGCAGCUUAGAGCUGGCAAGGUUUCCUGCUGCAAUCCUUGGAACUGAGCAGCCUGUGUGUGUGUGUGUGUGUGCCCGUGUGUGAUCUACUGCUGCAACAAAGAAGGGGGGACACCUUGCAAUAAACAAAUAAUUCCCAGGGAGGGCAGCAUGUGUGCAUCUCCACCAGGACAAAACAAGCACUGGAGAGAUUAAGUGGAUCCCGCAGCACCUUCUCUGUAUUCGCCUAGGUAGAGCUGAUGACCGUGAUGGCUAUCCUGGACCUACAGCCUUCAAGAAGAACCCACAAUGUGACUUCCCCUAACACCUGCUGCCCCAUGAUGAGUCUUUAGGGUCCUUGAGUCAAUUGCCAGUAUCCUUCCAUUACCCAUUGCCCAUCAUGGGAGGAUGUUUCUCCAAACCCAAACCAGUUGAGGUGAAAAUUGAAGUAGUGGUUCCUGAGAAAGAAAAGGAACAAGACAAAAUGUCACCCAAUGGCACGGCGAGCCCCGUAGCGAACUGCAAGCCGAACGGGACCACGAAACACCCGUGCGAUGAGUCCCUCGCCCUGAGCGCCUAUCAGAACCCCAGGGACCUCGUGGAGGCGGCCGUGUGCCACGUGAGGGAUCUGGAGAAUGGACAGAUGCGAGAGGUGGACGUGGGAGGGGGAAAGGCUCUCUUGAUAAAGGAGCAUGGCGAGUACAGUGCCAUCAGUCACAAGUGCCCCCACUAUGGAGCACCACUAGUUAAAGGAGUGUUGUCAGGGGGGCGGGUUCGAUGCCCCUGGCACGGGGCCUGCUUCAGCAUUGCCACCGGAGAUAUAGAAGACUUUCCUGGUCUGGACAGUUUGGAAAAGUUUCAGGUUAGAGUAGAAAAAGACAAGGUGAUCAUCCGGGCAAACAAACAGGCCCUGCAGACACAAAAGAGGACGAGGAGGAUGACGAAAUGCACAGGGCUGAGCAACUACAGUGCAGGAGUCACCAGCGUGCUCAUCAUUGGUGCAGGUCCUGCUGGGCUGGUCUGUGCAGAGACUCUAAGACAGGAAGGAUUUGGCGACAGGAUUGUAAUGUGCACUGUGGACAAACACCAGCCAUACGACAGGCCUAAACUGAGUAAGUCGCUGGAGUCUACAGCAGAACAGAUAACACUACGCUCGAAAGAAUUCUUCCAAAAGUACGAGAUAGAGCUUCUGAAAGAGAAAGAGGUAGUGACUGUGGACAUAAAGACAAAGACAGCAAUAUUUAAAGAUGGAUUGAAGAUGGUCUACAAAAAUCUUCUUAUUGCCACAGGAAGCAGUCCAAAGCUACUAAACUGCAAAGGAAGAGACGUGGAAAAUGUGUUUUACUUGAGAACACCGGAAGACGCUAACUGUAUAGCCAAACUCGCAAACAACAAGAAUGUGGUUGUAGUGGGGGCGUCGUAUGUAGGCAUGGAGGUCGCUGCCUACCUGGCUGAAAAGGCCCACUCUGUGUCAGUCGUGAGCCAGGAGGACAUUCCCUUCCGCAAAGCCUUGGGAGAGAAAGUAGGAAGGGCCAUCAUGAAGAUGUUUGACAACAACAGAAUUAAGUUCUACAUGCUGAAUGAAGUAUUGGAGCUGCGAGGCCAACAAGGAAAGCUAAAAGAAGUGGUGUUGAACAGUGGAAAGGUUCUCAGGGCUGAUGUCUGCAUUAUUGGCGCAGGGGUAAGCCCAGCGACUUCCUUCUUAAAACACAGCGGCAUUAGCAUGGAUUCCAAAGGCUUCAUCCCUGUGAGCAAGACAAUGCAGAGCAAUGUUCCUGGAGUGUUUGCUGCAGGAGAUGUGGUCACUUUCCCUCUGGCCCUGCGCAGCAAUAAGAGAGUGAAUGUGCCUCAUUGGCAGAUGGCACACAUGCAAGGUCGGAUAGCUGCUCUUAAUAUGCUUGGCCAGGCAACUGAAAUAAAUACUGUUCCUUACUUCUGGACUGCGAUGUUUGGGAAAAGUAUUCGAUAUGCAGGUCAUGGAGAAGGAUUUGAUUCUGUAAUCAUCCAAGGAGAUUUAGACGAACUCAAGUUUGUAGCCUUCUACACAAAGAGUGAGGAGGUGAUUGCUGUUGCAAGUAUGAACUACGACCCCAUUGUGUCCAAGGUCGCAGAGGUUUUUGGAUCUGGGAGGACUAUUAGGAAGAGGGAUGUUGAGAUGUCUGUACGACAUGGCAAAACCGGGGACAUGUCGUGGUUAAUCGGAAAAGGCACGCAGCAGCUGUGAACCUCGAAGCACCCAAACAUAUGCAAAGACCUUCGAGAAGAGGAGGCGUCUCUCAAUCUACAGGGAAAAUCUGCACAUGCAUAUUAACUGUUUUUUUAUUAUUAUGUCAGAACAUGGAUAAUCCAUGAAAUCCAUGAAAAUCCAUUAAACUGAUUAUUUGGUUAUAGCUGUUAAGAUAUCGCACCCUUUAAAUGAACCCUAAUAAUGUUAUAAAUAAACUCCAGCUGUGGAGUUGCUAGUAGUGGGUUUGCCCCGGGCAGUUUCAUUAACCACGCUACGAUUAUUGCUGGGGUAAAAAGGUAGGUUUUUUUUGGUAGGUUUGAUUUCUCGAGGAAACUCUUUGUUACUAACUCAGGGAGCAGAAGGUUGAUUUUUUUCUUGCUGCAAAAAUAAAUGUGUUCGUUUUAUUUUCCUACCAGAACAUGUUUUUCUUAUUUACAUGUAUAGGCACACUUUGAAAUAAAUAUGAAGAAAAACACACACACACAUUAAAGCAUACUACAGCAUAAUGGUCG